AGAGCCCUCUACAGGGACGUCAUGCAGGAGAACUACGAGACGGUGACCUCGCUGGGAUUUCCCAUUCCCAAACCUGAGCUUAUUGCCCGCCUGGAGCAAGGGGAAGAGCCGUGGGUGCCCGAUCUCCAGGCCUGCGAGGAAAGAAGGCUUCCGAGAUGCCUCCAUACAGCAGGUGCUGAGCGAGGGAAUGAGAAUGAGGAGGAGAAUCAACAUCAGGAAGUUCCUGGAGAAGUGCAACCACAGGCGACCUUUGUGGGAGGAGCUAAAGGGAAAUGUUUCAGUCCAAACUCAGCACAAAAGUCACUUAAGAAAAGCCACACAGGAGAAAGGCCCCAUAAGUGCUUGGACUGUGGGGAAAGUUUCAUGCAAAGGUCACACCUUGUUAAACAUAAGGCAAUCCACACAGGAGAGAGACCCCACAAGUGCUUGGACUGUGGGAAAAGUUUCAUGCAGAGGUCACACCUUGUUAAACAUCAGGCAUUACACACAGGAGAGAGACCCCACAAGUGCUUGGACUGUGGGAAAAGUUUCAAGCAAAGGUCCCACCUUGUUACACAUCAGGCAAUCCACACAGGAGAGAGACCGCACAAGUGCUUGGACUGUGGGAAAAGUUUCAUACAAAGGUCAGACCUUGUUUAUCAUCAGUCAGUCCACACAGGAGAGAGACCCCACAAGUGCUUGGACUGUGGGGAAAGUUUCAUACGAAGGUCACACCUUGUUUGUCAUCAGUCAGUCCACACAGGAGAGAGACCCCACAAGUGCGUGGACUGUGAGAAAAGUUUCAUAAGAAGGUCACACCUUGUUCGACAUAAGGCAAUCCACACAGGAGAGAGACCCCACAAGUGCUUGGACUGUGGGAAAAGUUUCAUACGAAGGUCAGAAUUUGUUUAUCAUCAGGCAGUCCACACAGGAGAGAGACCCCAUAAGUGCUUGGACUGUGGGAAAAGUUUCAUACAGAGGUCAGACCUUGUUAGACAUGAAGUAGUCCACACAGGAGAGAGACUCCACAGGUGCUUGGACUGUGGGAAAAGUUUCAAACGGAGGUCAGCCCUGGUUAAACACCAGAAAAUCCACACAGGAGAGAGACCCCAUAAGUGCUUGGACUGUGGGAAAAGUUUCGCAUGGAGAUCAAACCUCAUUGAGCACGGGAGAAUCCACACAGGAGAGAGACUUCACAAGUGCUUGGACUGUGGGGAAAGUUUCUUAAGAAGGUCAGACCUUGUUUGUCAUCAGUCAGUCCACACAGGAGAGAGACCCCACAAGUGCGUGGACUGUGGGAAAAGUUUCAUAAGAAGGUCAGACCUUGUUCACCAUCAGGCAAUUCACACAGGAGAGAGACCCCACAAGUGCGUGGACUGUGGGAAAAGUUUCAUACGAAGGUCAGACCUUGUUUGUCAUCAGUCAGUCCACACAGGAGAGAGACCCCACAAGUGUUUGGACUGUGGGGAAAGUUUCAUACGAAGGUCAGACCUUGUUUGUCAUCAGUCAGUCCACACAGGAGAGAGACCCCACAAGUGCGUGGACUGUGAUAAAAGUUUUAUAAGAAGGUCACACCUUGUUCAACAUAAGGCAGUCCACACAGGAGAGAGACCCCACAAGUGCUUGGACUGUGGGAAAAGUUUCAUAAGAAGGUCAGACCUUGUUUGUCAUCAGUCAGUCCACACAGGAGAGAGACCCCACAAGUGCUUGGACUGUGGGGAAAGUUUCAUACGAAGGUUAGACCUUGUUUGUCAUCAGUCAGUCCACACAGGAGAGAGACCCCACAAGUGCGUGGACUGUGAGAAAAGUUUCAUAAGAAGGUCACACCUUGUUCGACAUCAGGCAGUCCACACAGGAGAGAGACCCCCACAGGUGAAUGCUCUGUAGGUAAACAUUCAGACAGAGAUCAGCACUGGUUAAACACCAGAAAAUCCACACAGGAGAGUGACUGUGUAAGUGCUUGGACUGUGGGAAAAGUUUCACAUGGAGAUCAGACCUCAUUGAACAUGGGAGAAUCCACACAGGAUCUAAACUUCUGUGACACAUGACAAAAAGGGUUAAGCAGCUUCCAUGUAAUUGACUCAGAUCAGGCCUUGUUACACAUCAGGGAAAACUAAAUCCUCAGUACCACUUCCAGGGCCGGCUCCAGGCACCAGACGAGGAAGCACGUGCCUGGGGCGGCACUUUUUGCUUGGAGUGGCAAAAAAGCUUGAGCUGGCCCUGAUCACUUCAAAGUAAUCUUAUUGAGAGCGGCAAUACCCCAUUAGAGAUUUCAAAAGGUCUCUUACCUGUUGAUUGGCGCCUUGGGGUUCGAAGGGGAACAGUCCGCAGUAGGUGCCGCUGGCUGAGCUGGGCGUUACCAUCCGAGUCAUGGCAUCAAUAAUUGUGGAAGAAAACAGAGUUUUUACUUUUAGGUUGGUUGUAACAAAUCAGAGACAGUUUAUUCUUAAGCAAUUGCAAGAGAGGAACUGCACACCCGGGCAGGUAAUCUCUCUUACUCCAGGUAGGGCUCCAAAGAUAAACAGUUGGAGCAAGAUUUUCUACCUUUUUUUUAAUCGACAAUAAUGAUUAUACCUGAACAACCUUGCCGCUUGCUGAAACCAGAAAACUGGAUCUACAUAAAGGUCCAUCAGCGAAAGACCGCCCUGGCUCCACGCUGGAAAGGCCCUUAUCAAGUCCUGCUGACUACCAACACCGCUGUAAAAUGCCAAGAACUGACUGCCUGGACCCGUGCUUCUCACUGCAAAAAGGCCUCUCCACCUCAAGGGGACUUUACGACUGAUGAUCAGCCUGUCUCUCCUUCUGGUGCUGCUGUUUCUUUUGGGCAGCAGAAAAAAAGGAUAAGAUAAAAUGCUAGUAACCUCUCCCUUGUCCACUGACAGAACUACCAUGCAUUUGGCUUGUGCUAAAAAACCUAAAGCAUUACAGGGUGAUGUGCUAGUAACCUCUCCCCUGCAUAAUGCUAAACCACCACGGUGCCAAGAAAGAGGUAGGAACACUCGCUCUACUGAAACCACCAAAUCCCAGGGAUUUCUGACCACAAAGAACAUUAAAAACUGGCACUGGUGGG